AUGGUGUCAAGAGUUUUGUCCCUUCUCGCUUUUGCUGGCUUCGGCUACGCGAGUCGGACCGCCUGCAAGUGCACUCCAGAAGAUUCAUGCUGGCCUUCUGUUGACAGUUGGAACGCACUAAACACAACUGUGGCCGGGAAACUCAUCCACAACCUCCCGGUUGCUAUUUCAUGUUACCCCGGGACUUACCAGAAUGCUGAGGAGUGCGCCCAUGUCUACUCACAAUGGUCCAACUCUACAUUCCAAGAGCUUUCCCCGGUCGGAUACGUUUACCCCACCGAUGUGUUGUGCCCUGCCGUUGAUCCCAGCACGGGCGAAAGCCCUGGAAAGUGUAUUCUAGGGCCCGCCCCGGUAUAUACAAUCAAUGCUACAGAGCCGGCAGAGCUUGCAGCUGGCAUAGACUUUGCGCAGAAGAACAAUGUUCGCUUGGUUAUAAGAAACACCGGGCAUGAUAUGCUGGGAAAGAGCGAGGGGUACGGAGCACUCCAAAUUUGGGUCAAAUAUAUUCAAACGGGAAUCAAUUUCCACGAGACUUACACUGCUUCCGAUAAAUGCGCAAGCAGCAAGUGGACAGGGUCUGCAAUCACCAUUGGAGGGGGUUAUGUUUGGGAAGAUGUGUAUGAUCUUGCCUUCAAGCGCAAUGUCGUUAUCGUUGGUGGGGGUGACCCGACCGUUGGUUGCAUUGGCGGUUACACGCAGGGAGGCGGCCACUCGCCAGCUAGCCAUGACUACGGCCUUGCUGCUGAUCAAGUCCUAGAAGCUCAGGUUGUGUUAGCUAGCGGUUCUAUUGUUACCGCUAAUGCGUGCCAAAAUUCGGAUCUCUACUUUGCUAUUCGCGGCGGUGGAGGUGGCAGCUAUGGCGUCGUUACCUCGAUGACAGUCAAAGUGUAUCCCAGCAAGCCUGUUGUCGCACAAUCCCUCACGAUUAGCCCGAUUGAGGCUAGUAAGGAUACCAACUCGCUCUUGGAUGCUAUUACCGAUGUUCACGAACAUUAUCCUAGUAUCAUGGAUGCAGGCUUUGCUGGGUACGGGUCCUGGUCUGUUAAUAGCCCCAUGAAACUCUUCGCCAACGAGACCGUUGGUUAUGUUCAUGCGGCCGCAAUCAUGGGCAAGUCGCUCAUUGAAGCUCAAAAGAUCUCCCAGCCGCUUUUGAAAUCGCUUCAGAAGUAUAAUGGUACUUCGCUUUCUGUAUCUGUUGCAUGGUUUGAGUUCCCAACAUACGCAGCGUACUAUCAGGCUAUGUCAGGUGUGAAGCAACCUGUGGGGUCGUCGAACUCAGCAAUGACUUCGCGAAUGAUUGGCAAAACAGCCCUCACCUCUAGUCGGACUCAACUGCGCAGCAUGAUUGAAGUUAUUGCAGGUGAGGAAAACGAAUACACAAUCAAUAACGUGGAGCUGGUUGGCGGUGGCAAGGUUCUAACUGAUGGAAAUGAUCAACACUCCGGUGUCAACCCUGCAUGGCGCUCUACCUACAUCGUGGAAGUCGUUGCCAGAGGUUGGGCAGACGAGUCCGCUGCUCAGUCUGUAAAGGAUGAUAUUACAAACAAUAAAGGAAAAGCCAUGAGCCAGUUGACCCCGCACUUGGGAAGCUACAUGAGUGAGGCCGACCGUAAUGACCCCUUGUGGGCUGAUAAUUUCUAUGGUACCAACUACGAAAGGCUUGCAGCAAUCAAGCAGAAGUAUGACCCGACAGGUCUGUUCUACUGCCCGACUUGCGUGGGCAGCCCUUCGUGGAGUCAGCAAUAUCUACCCGGGACACACUACGGUCCUCUUUGUUCGACGGGGGUUUGA